AUGGGUAGCCUGCAGGCUGGCCUUAAUGAUACCCUCGUUGCUUUGAUUCCUAAGGAGGCUAUGCACACCAUGAGAGAGAAGAAAGGUGAAACUGGUUUCAUGGCAAUAAAAUUGGACCUUGAAAAGGCCUAUGAUCGACUUUCGUGGGAUUUUAUCCGGGAUACUCUAGAAUGUGCAGAUGACAUGGUGCUCUUCACGGAGGCCACGCUGGAGCAAGUGGAUGUCAUCCUGGACUGUUUCGGUCAGUUUUGCACCGCUUCGGGACAAAAGAUCAGUUUAAGCAAGUCUCAGGUCUUCUUCUCAAAAAAUACCAAUAAGAAUAUGAAGGAGGAGAUCUCGCGCCGGCUCCGGAUUGAAAGUACGGAGGACUUGGGCAAAUACCUCGGAGUACCAGCAAUCCAUGGCCGGGUAACCAGUGCUACGCAUUCGGACUUGCUGGCUCGAAUCUCUAGCCGUUUAGAUGGAUGGAAGGCGAAGACUCUGUCCCUUGCGGGAAGAGUCGUUCUUGCACGCUCUGUCCUGAAUGCUAUUCCGGCAUACACUAUGCAGACGACCUUUCUACCAAAGGGGAUCUGCACGGAGAUUGAGAAACGCACGCGAAAUUUUAUAUGGGGAGGCACCGGUACCGAUAACAAAAUGAGUUUGGCUAAUUGGGACCUUGUUACGACAGCAACCGAAGCAGGUGGCCUUGGUCUAAAGCGCAUGCAUGAAUUGAAUUUGGCAUAUAUGGCAAAGUUGGGUUGGCGGCUUUUGGCGGAAAGUGAAAGCCUAUGGGCCCAGACAAUCAACGCAAAAUACAGAAAGUCAGAGAUCAUCCAUAAUAUGAGACAAGGCCGGCGGAACGUCUCCAAUGCUUGGCGAGGAAUAUCUGCGGCUUGGACACCCAUGUCCCAAGGAGUCUCACGCGUUGUCCGAAGUGGUGCAACUACACGCUUCUGGAUGGACAAGUGGAUCUUACCAGAACCUCUUUCGAUCACCUUAAAACAACCCUCCCUUUACCAGAAUUAUAUGGUAUGGUCCGGGAUUAUUGGAAUGAGGUACGGGGAUGGAAGUCAAGUCGAGGAUCUACAACACCUGUUCCGAGAUUGCUCGGCGGUGAAGGGACUAUGGGAAGUAGCCAUCCCCAGAAGUACUUACGCGAAGUUGAGUAACUUGUCGUGGGACCAGUGGCUAGAGACAAACCUUGACGGAAACAUUAGGAAUGGUUUUGACGAGGAUUGUGAUGCGUAG